CCCAAAUUGUUGUCGUGUUGAAUCGAAUCAAAACCAAUACACACGUGCUGUGUUCAUUUGAUUUCAAUAGCAAAAAUUUUAUUUUUAAAUGAUGGAUGACGAUAAUCAAAAUGCGAAUCUGAUACAAGAUGAUGGUGAUGAAGAGGAAGACGAAGAAGAAAUUGAAUCAUUUGAAUCGAUGGGUUUGGAUCAGAAAUUAUUACAUGCUAUUGCCAAUGUUGGAUGGCGAAAACCGACGCUUAUACAGGCUAAAGCUAUACCAUUAGCGCUUGAAGGUCAUGAUAUAUUGGCACGGGCACGUACAGGUACGGGUAAAACUGGAGCAUUUACAAUUCCGAUUGUAGAAAAAAUUUUAGCUGCUAAAAAAUUCGCCACCACCACGAAUACCGUUUCACGAAUUCGAGCAUUGAUUUUAGCACCAUCCAAAGAACUUUGUAAUCAAAUUUGUAAGAACUUCGAUGAGCUAACAAAAUUCUGUCGACGGGAUAUAAGUGUUAUGGACAUUUCUCAUGGAAGCGUUGAGGAGAAACGUGAUUUUCUCAGUAUCGAACGGCCAGAUAUAUUGAUUGCAACACCGAAAAAAAUUGUCGAAUAUUUUCAAACAAAAACAUUGAAUGAUAUAAAAAAGCAAUUGGAUUUUCUUGUCAUUGAUGAAUCGGAUCUAAUGUUUUCAUUUGGUUAUCAUGAAGAUUUGCUUCAAGUUUUCAACCAUAUACCAUCGACAGGCGUACAACGUUUUCUAAUGUCAGCUACAUUGAAUACGGAUGUGAAAGAAUUGAAAAAACUGAUACUAAAUAAUCCUGUAAUAUUGAAGCUAGAAGAACCAGACCUACCAGAAUCGGAUCGUUUACAACAAUAUCAUAUUGAAGUGUUUGAUGAUGAAGAAAAAUUUGUCCUUAUCAAUGCUUUACUUAAAUUAGGUUUAAUUGUUGGUAAAACAAUCAUAUUUGUAAACGAUGUUGAUCGUUGCUAUCGUCUACGUUUGGUACUUGAACAAUUUGGUAUUCGUACCUGUGUACUGAAUUCUGAAUUGCCUAUUGCAUCAAGAUGUCAUGUAGUGGAACAAUUCAAUAAUGGACAAUAUGAUAUAAUUAUUGCUAGUGAUGAAAAAUGUAUAAUGGAUCCUAAUACACGUGAUAUAAUGAUGAAGAGGAAAAAGGUGAAAAAAUUGACAAAGAAAACAACUACUGCCACUGCCACUGAUACGAGCAGUGAAUCAAGUGUUGCACGUGGAAUUGACUUUAAAUUUGUAUCAAAUAUUAUUAAUUUUGAUUUCCCCACUACUAUCGACUCAUAUAUACAUCGUGUUGGACGUACAGCACGUGGUCCCGAUUCAGAUUCUGACGGAACUGUAUUGUCGCUAGUCAGUCCAACAGAACAACAAUAUUUUCGUCGUGUUAGCCGUAGAUUUCAACAACAUCGAGACGGUAAUGGAAAUCUACGUCCAUAUCAAUUUCGAAUGGAUGAAUUGGAAGCAUUCCGUUAUCGUACAAGAGAUGCAUUACGUGCCGUUACGACUAUCGCUAUACGUGAAGCAAGAUUACGAGAACUGCGUCGUGAAAUGCUUCAAUCCAAACAAUUACAAUCAUUUUUCCAAAAUCAUCCAAAAGAUCAUAAACUAUUAAAAUUUGACCGCCCAUUAAAUGUAAUAAAAUCCGCUCAUGGUAAUCGGUCACAUUUACGAGAUGUACCUGAUUAUAUUGUACCGAAAACAUUGCAAACAGCCGUACGUAGUAAACGUGAAAAUCGCCGUAUCGAACAACAAGCAUUAAUGAAUUAUGAACCGCCGAAACGAAAGAAACGGAAAUCAAAUCGAAUGGUAAACAAAAAUAAACAGCAGACAAAAUCCUUGAAUGAUCCAUUGAAAACAUUUCGAAUGAAUGCCAUACAACGAUAUAAGAACAAGAAACGAAAUAAAUCACGAAACAAGUGAUGAUUUUUCGACAUUCGAUUCUUUCAAUGUUUUUCAUUUGUUCAUUCUUUUUAAUAUAAUAAAAAAAAAUUCAAAGAAAAAGAA